AUGCAACAAGUUAAAAUAGUAACAACAACAACAACAUUUAUAAUAAUAUUUAGAAUUAAAUAUUUACAACGGAUUAUAUUUAAUCAUAUAUAUGAUCUGUGUAGUAGAGAGAAUAGGUUGCAACCAGAUAAAUGGAGAAAAGGGAAUACUCUACCAUUAGAUCGUCUCAUAGCUCACUAUGCUAUGCCAUUUGACUUUCUCAAACAACAUAUAAAGAGUUUAAAUCGUUCUGAUUUGGAUAUAGAACGAUUCUGUUAUCAUCCCAAUGCAACACUACCAACACUCAAACAUCUACUUAGAUGGCAUCGAGAAUUCAAGUUAUCCACCGCCGAUAACAGUGUAGAUAUACUCGAUAAAGUGGCGGCUGUUGGAAACUUGGAUAUUAUUCAAUUCCUCAUAAAGACGUAUCCUCACUUGACAUGCAAACAUGCUAUUGAUCUAGCUGCAAGUAACGGGUACGUAGAGGUAGUUAAAUAUCUGUAUGGAAGACUAAGAAGAAAGGGUGGAUGUUCAACAGAUGCUAUUGAUCUGGCAUCGGAACAUGGUCAUCUAUCAGUGGUAGAGUAUUUACUACAUCGAAAAGAAACAUUUACACGUAGAGCAAUGAACAAGUCAUCUGAAAAUGGACAUCUCACAGUGGUAGAUAGAUUGCAUCGAGCAGGUGGUAGAUGCACAAAAGAUGCGAUGGAUGGAGCUGCAGCUAAUGGUCAUUUAAGUGUAGUGGAGUAUUUACAUACUCACAGGACUGAAGGAUGCUCUAUUAGAGCAUUGGAUGCCGCCUCAAAAAAUGGGUAUCUAUCGGUUGUAGAAUACCUAAAUUCAAAUAGAAGUGAAGGGUGUAGUCAGUUUGCUAUGGAUUGGGCUGCAUCUAAUGGUCACCUCAGUGUAGUUGACUAUUUACAUCGAAAUAGAACUGAAGGGUGUACCACUAUAGCUGUGGAUGGAGCCAGCCGGAAUGGAUUUGUAAAUAUAGUAGAGUACCUAUUCAAUAGUCGUACAGAAGGGUGUACAUCAAUAGCUCUCUGUGGUGCUGCUGCAAACAAUCAUUUCACAACUGUAUCUUUUCUAAUAUCAAAUAAUAAUAACAACCAACAACAAACAUUUACAGUCACCAAUAUAAGAGAUGCAAUAACAAUGGCACAAGGUGAAGACGCUCCAAAAAUAAUUACCCUUUUAUCCAAAUAUUUACCUCCUGCUCCUCAAAUUUAA